AUGAACCACUAUCACAUUUACGAGGCCAUCGGCAAAGGAAAGUGCUCGACUGUGUAUAAAGGGAGAAAGAAGAAGACGAUAGAGUAUUUUGCUAUAAAGAGCGUAGAUAAAUCUCAUCGAAAUAAGGUUCUUCAAGAAGUCAGGGUUCUUCACACUCUGGAUCACCCUAAUGUGCUGAAGUUCUACUCGUGGUAUGAAACAUCAGCUCACCUAUGGUUGGUUUUGGAAUACUGUGUUGGAGGAGAUCUCUUGACUUUAUUACAACAGGAUGGUAAGCUUCCAGAAGAUUCCGUACAUGAUUUGGCUUGUGGCAUUGUCAGAGCUCUGCAGUACUUACAUUCGAAAGGAAUUAUUUAUGGUGACUUAAAACCAUCAAACAUUCUACUGGAUGAGAAUGGACAUACAAAGCUAUGUGACUUUGGAUUAGCUAGAAAACUGAGUGAUAUAUCCAUAACACCUUCUUCCCAGUUGCCACAAGCAAAACGUGGAACCCCAUGUUACAUGGCCCCCGAAUUAUUUCUGGAUGGAGGGGUCCAUUCUUAUGCUUCUGAUUUCUGGGCGCUUGGCUGCGUCCUAUAUGAGUGUUAUACUGGGAGACCUCCAUUUAUUGGGAAGGAAUUCACUCAACUGGCAAAAUCAAUCCUUUCAGAUCCAACUCCAGUUCUUCCUGGCACCACAAGCUCUCCUUUUGUUAACUUGAUAAAUUCUCUUUUGAUCAAAGAUCCAGCUGAAAGGAUACAGUGGUGUGAACUUUGCAGCCAUGCUUUUUGGAGAUCAAAAUUUGCUCCACUAGCAUUACCUCCUCAGCCUGCAUUUACUAAUAUGAUUGGGCUCUCUUCCGAAUCACAUCUCACAGAACGCAAUGUUGACAGGCCUCUUCGAAACAAUACCGCAGCUAAAACAUGUGGAAAAGAUUCAAAAGGGUCUCACAGACAAGAUGAGAAUUCAAUUUUAAGGAUGAGGGAUCAUGAAUCACCAAUCAAGGGUGUUGCCAGUGGUCGUAAAACUCAAAUGAAACCUUCGGUCAGAAAUUUUGACGACAGGCACAAGGGUGCUUCAAAUGGUACAGGGGGUAUCAAUCUUCUGAGGCUUUCAAGAAUUGCAAAAUCAAACCUGCAAAGAGAAAAUGAGAAAGAGAACUACCGGAGGCCACUGGCUAAUAACUCUAAGAAUGACGCAGAAGUCAAAAUGGAAAACAAUGAUAUGGAACUUGAUUUUAAUGAGAAUAAUGAAGACGAGGUACAUGAUGAAGCUGAUGGGUCAGACAACACAGCCUGUACCCAUGAGGAUGGUUUAUCAACUCCAAGCAAGCAUGAGGGGCAACAUGAAGAGACGGAUGGCAGCAUAAGCCAGUCUGACACAUCAAAUGUUGUUGAUACACCUUCUGAAGACUCAAGAACGCAAGAGGAGGAAUCAUCUUCAGACAUGGAAGUAAGCCCAGUUGCUCCCACUCCACCCAGUGCCACUCCUCAACACAAGACUCCAAGAAUUAAAGAUGGUUGUGGGCGUGCCCUAGACUUUGAUACAAGAAAAUCGUCUGGAGAUCUCUCAGAGGUGCUCUGGCAUCCAUCUGAUCUUGCUGUCAGACCUGUAAUGCCUAGCAGAAAGUUUGAUAAAGGAUCAGAAGCCAUUCCUUCCCUUCCAUUUGAUGCAUUGCCUGUGCCUGAUUUUGUGAAAGUAUCCAAGGAACAGUUGGAUGUUAUUUACUCUAGAAUCAUAAGUACCAUAAAUGGGAAUACUGCUAUUUGUGAGAAGCAAAACACGAUCAGGUACCUUGAGAUGUUAAGCUGCAAUACAGAUGCUGCCAAUAUUUUGACAAAUGGUCCAGUAAUGCUGGUUCUUGUCAAACUGCUCAGGCAGUCUAAGGCUUUGGCUUUACGUGUACAACUUUCUUCACUUAUCGGCUUGUUGAUUCGUCAUUCUACAUUCAUUGGAAACGAUUUGGCGAAUUCUGGAAUUCUAGGUGCACUAACUGAUGGCCUCAGAGAUAAACAAGAGAAAGUGAGAAGGUUCUCUAUGGCUGCUUUGGGUGAGUUGCUCUUUUACAUAUCUACUUUGGAUGAGAACAGGGACAAUAAUCCUCAGGAAUCUCCAUCUAAGGACAACCGACCCUCUUCUAUCUGGCAGGUUCCAAAUUCAUUGAUCUCUUUGGUCUCAUCUGUUUUACGGAAAGGAGAGGAUGAUUUAACCCAACUCUAUGCACUAAGAACAAUAGAAAAUAUCUCUAGUCAUGGAGGGCAUUGGGCAAACCGUUUCACAAGCCAGGAUGUGAUUAGGAACCUUUGCUAUUUAUUCAAGGCUCCAGGGAAACAAGAAAGCAUGAGGCUCAUAGCAGGAUCUUGUUUGGUACGGCUUGUUCGUUUUAACCUUCCUAGUAUUCAACAAGUUAUAGAGAAACUCUCGCUUAAAGACAUCGCUUCUAGCCUUUUCAAGGGAAAUCAACGUGAGCAGCAAAUUUGCUUGAACCUUCUAAACUUGGCAUUGCUUGGAAGCCAUAUACUGACGAAUAUUGGACGUUUUCUUCUUCCCUUGAUGGAAGAUAAGACUCUUGUUCCAAAUCUCGUGUCUCUUGUCGAACAGGGAAAUGAAGUCUUAAGGGGCAAGGCACUUGUUUUUGUGGCUCUACUUUGUAAGAAUGGGAAGAGAUGGCUGCCACAUUUCUUUUGCAAUGCAAGAUUACUAUCAGCUGUGGAUAGGCUUGCUAAAGAAAAAGACAACUAUGUGCACCAUUGUUUAGAUGCCUUUGUGCAUGCUGUGGCAUCAACUUUACCGGGUUUGCUGGAAGCUAUAACAGGAGAUAUUCAGCAACUUAUGGGUGGGAGACGUCAUGGACAAAUAGUAGGUCUCAUGAGUCGAACUUCUCCAAAGAACAAUAUUCAUUUAUUCCCUGUUGUUCUCCACCUUCUGGGGAGUUCUUCAUUCAAGCAUUUGGUAAUAACUCAGCAGGUAGUACAACAUUUAGCAAAUCUACUUAAACUGGCGGAAUCACCUUUUCAGGGUAGGGAUGACUUCCAGAUAACUCUUCUGCGUGUUCUCGAGUCAGCUACUGAGGAGCCCACUGCAGUAAAUGACAACCCCAACUUAUUCAUCCGUCAGAUUCUUCUCAGUCUGGCAGUCCUAUACAAAGGAAACAAAGAUGGAGAUGCCAGAUUUUUGUGCUUGAAGAUUUUCUUUGAUGUGAUGGUCAUUUUCCUAAAUGAAGCACCGGAGAAUGACCAAAGGCUCGAGGACUUGAAGACUGUGUCUAAUUCUUAUUUCCUCCCUCUCUAUCCAACUUUGAUUGAGGAUGAAGACCCCAUUCCUAUGUAUGCUCAGAAACUUCUUGUUAUGCUCAUCGAGUCCAAUUACAUAAAAAUUUCAGACAUUCUUCAUAUGAAAGCAGUCUCACGUUGCUUUGAGUUUCUGCUUGGUGAUUUUUCAUCUGCAAAUGUAAGCAAUAUCAUGCUCUGUCUGGCUCUGGCGUCUGCCCCCGAACUUGAAACCAAGAUACUAUCCCAAUUAAAGGUCGUGAGAAAGAUUGGAAAUCUUUUGGAAUUUGUACAUGCAAAGGAGAUGGAGGAUUUUGUCGAACCAACCCUUGGUGUGUGUAGGGCAUUCCUUUUGCGCUCUCUAGGCUGUAGGAAAGGCUUUGUUUAUUCAAAGGAACCUACUCUUUUAUACGAUGGUUCUAGUGAAAGCACUACUGAACAGCAGCAAGGCAUAAAAGAUAUAAUGGACUUUGGUGGCACUGUUGGAGUGUUGGUGGAACUGAGUAAAUCCAAAGAAGCAAGCAUUGCAGACUUGGCUUCUGAAUGCUUGAUUUUGUUGUUCAAAGCAGCCCCGAGAGAAGCUACUAUGAAUUUUCUAAUGAAUAUUUCAAAGGUCACAGCAUUCUUUGAGGCUAUGCUUCAGGAGGGUGCCUCGGUAGCUUUCAGUUCCGGAGGAACUGAAGGUUAUCACCUAUAA